CUUGUACUUCCCACCAUCGACCAUUGUCUCAGGAAAUUAUUAUUCAUACACUUCAGGGUUAAUUUGUUAGAAGAAACGAGCGGGCAAACCAGAUCAAAUUGUAGUGUUUCAGCAUGGGUGUUCUUGGAGCCAUUGCUAAAAAUUUGGAUACAAUAAUCGGGCCAGGAGUGAUGCUUCUUUAUCCAUUGUAUGCAUCAAUGAGAGCAAUCGAGAGCCCCUCAGCACUCGACGAACAGCAGUGGCUACCGUAUUGGGUUAUAUACUCUUUCAUAACCUUAUUCGAACUAUCCUUCUGGAAAGUACUAGCUUGGAUUCCAAUAUGGCCCUAUAUGAAGCUGUUAUUUUGCAUGUGGUUGGUGCUGCCAAUUUUCAAUGGGGCAGCCUAUGUUUAUGAGAACGUUGUGAGGAAGUAUGUGAAGCUUGGAGACCAUUUGAGCUCAAACUAUCCAGCGAAUCAGAAGAAGGUCCUGCAAAUGAUGAGCCUCGACGCAAGGAAGUAUGUCGAACGCUACAUCGAUCAAUAUGGAGUUGAAGCUUUAGAAAGAGUCGUCAAAGCAGCUGAAAGAGAAGCUAGGAGGUAUUGAUCCAUCCAGCAACUAUGAAGCUACGAACAUAUAGAGAAGAUGUGCAUUCUAGUCUUUGUAUAUAGGCAUAUGGUCUUAUAUAUUUUGUUUAUAUGAAUGGAAAAUUAUGUUUACCCACUUUUCUAAUUCUCUUAACCUUCUUUUCAUGAUCACUUUGGUAAUGUAAGUAAAAAAUGCAUGUCCAAAAUGUGUAAUUUGAAGAAAUACAACAAAUUUUAAAUUUC